AGUACGUGACUAUUAGGAUCAUUGGCUGAAGCUAAGGUUUACUUCACAGUCUGGCGUCAAAAAGAACUUCCAUUCUUAGCUAUGAAAAAAGUGUCCCCAGGGCAGGGGAGUUGUCGACCAUUUUGUUGUAGCUCACGGUAAGAUGAGAGCGACUCCAACAGUAUGGAAAUCCUCCUGGAGGGGGUGUUAUCUUGGAGAGUGUGAGCUCAGUGAGGAGGAGGACAAAGAGAAGAAAUGCCAACACCAUAGGAACACCAGCAGCUUCUGAUAUGUCUGGACGGGGUCUAUGGUCAACCUUUACUCUAAGUACAAACUCCGACAUACAGAAGAGUGGCAAUAUAUAGAAGGAUCUGAGGAUCUGUAGAAGACAUCAUGAUGGAGAACCGGUCGCCCCUCACAUCACCGGAUGGAUCCAGUAAGAGAAAUCCCCCAGAGAGAUGUUCCCGUCCUCUGUAUUCCCGGGACUCCACACAGGAACAUCAGGAGAUCCCUCAGGAGGAUCAGCUUGAAGACCUAAAUAUUAUUAAAGUUGAACAUGAAGAAGAGCCGUAUGAUGAUCCAUGUAAGGAGGACGUUCCUCCAGAGGUCAGCACAGACACCAGAGACACUCCAAAAAAUGUCAAAGCUCAAAAAGAGGAACUCGCGGGCAUUAAAGAGGAGGAAACUCUUAUUGAGGUCGGCGCAGAUGGAUCCAGUAACAGAAAUACUCCUAGUCCUUCUAAUUCUGAGCAUUCUAUGGAGGAAGAUGACAUCUCAGAGGAUAAUGAGGAUGAAAACCUGAUUCAUUUUAAAAUCAAGGUUAAAGAGAUUGCAGAGGAGACAUCUGUAGGGGGUGAUGGACCAGGUGAUGACAUUGGAGAUCCUCCGGAGAUCGGAACAGAUGGACAAUACAGAAGCUAUGACAUGGAGAAGCCUCCAUCUUUCUCUCCAGGUGAUGAUGAAAUUGAAGAUGAGGACAUCACCUCCGAUUCUUCAGAAGAAGAUCCCAUGACCCCAGAUCUCCAUCCAGCACCCAAUAAUGCACACCUACCAUGUAAUCCCUCUAAACGUGGAGGGCCUCUUCCUGUUCCGUCACGCCCAGUUACCCAUCUUAAAGCUCGUAGAGGGGGCAGAAUUUUUCUGUGUUCUGAAUGCGGUGAAUCUUUUCCCGAGAGGGCAGAACUUACCGCGCACAAAAAAUCCCAUGCAGAAACUAGGACCUAUUCGUGUUCAGACUGCGGCAAAUCUUUUAACAAGAAAGGAAACCUCAUGGCUCAUCGGCGGACCCAUUCGGGGGAGAAGCCUUACUCAUGUUCCGAAUGCAGCGAAUGCUUUUCUUGGAAGAUUCAGCUGAUCAGGCACCAGACGACGACCCACCCAACCGAGAAUCCAUUUUCCUGCUCGGACUGCGGCGAAUGCUUUACCGAACGGGGAACCCUCAUCUCGCAUCAGAAGACUCACACUAUGGAGAAGCCAUAUUCGUGUCCUGACUGCGAUAAAAGUUUUGCCUGGAAAGCCCAACUGAUCAGACACCUGAGAAGUCACACGGGAGAGAAGCCACAUGCAUGUUCUGAAUGUGGCAAGUCGUUUCCCCGAAUUUCAGCUCUUAACCGGCAUAAAAAAGUUCACACCGGAGAGAAGCCAUAUCCAUGCUCGAGGUGCGGAAAGUGUUUCACUGAAAGGUCAUACCUUGCCAUCCACGAGCGAACCCACACGUCCGAGAAGCCGUUUUCCUGUUCCGAGUGCGGCAAAUGUUUUGCCCAGACUGGAAAUCUUUUUGCUCACCAGAGGACUCACUUGGGGGUGAAGCCGUAUUCGUGCUCUGAGUGUGGAGAGAGCUUCUCCCGGAAGUCUUCCCUUAUCACGCAUGAGAUCGUUCACACGGGAGAGAAGCCGUUUUCCUGCGAAGAGUGCGGGAAGUGUUUUACCCAACGAGGAACCCUAAUAUUGCAUCAGAGGACUCACACUGGGGAACGACCUUAUUCGUGCUCGGAGUGCGGGAAACGGUUUCCAAGGAGGGACUACCUCAUCUCACACCUGAUUUCCCACAGGUGACAUUGGGUUCCUGCGUCAGGACGGGGCAGCCAAAGUGGCUGUAUGUGUGUGCUGACUCUUUUGUUCCUUUACAAAAUAAUUAUAGAAUUGUAUUACAAAUACGAAUGGGAUUAAAAGCUAAAAGAAAAUUCUCUACUCCUGUUCCACAACAA